GCAAGCGGCGGGUUUACAGUUUUAUCUGAUACACUACUGUCUUAGAAAAAAAUGGCUUCUUUGCCCAAGACUACAAGACGGUCUCCGAACGGAAGCUACACAUUUCCCAGCCGUCCACACACCGAUCCUCACCGUCGCAUGUACACGGAUGAUCCGAGGAUGGAAAACGAACUGCGACCCGUCUAUAUGAACAUUGUGUAUGAUCGACAUGUCGUCAGAGAAAAUAACACAGGUCAGCCUGACCGAGUCAAGCUCCAGUGGCAGCCAGAAUCAACACGAGGAUCUGCAGCAAGAAAGGGCAGAAAACCUAGGUUUCAGACAAGAAGUCCAGGCAGACCCGAUAAGAGGAAGCAUGCAGAAAUUCAGACUGAAACAUACUUGGAGGAGCUGAUUGAUCACCUUGAUUAUGUAAGUGUGGAAUGCCAGUCAGAUGCAUUUCUGGACAUGCCAUCAACACCUUUGUUUAUUCCUGCCAAGACCAGCAAAGAUGUAGCAACACAGAUAGAAGAUGGAGAGUUGUUUGACAUUGAUCUGGAGAUUGAGCCAAUGAUGCAGGUGUUGGUAGGAAAGAUCAUGGAGCAGGCUUUGCUAGAAGUACUGAAGGAGGAAGAGCUGGCUGGAUUGAGGGCUCAAGAGCAGGCUUUUCAGGAGUUGUGUAAUGCUGAAUUGGUGGAAGUUCAACGUCUGGAGGAGCAAGAGAGGCGACACAGAGAGGAGAAGGCUCGGAGGAUUGAGCAGCAAAGGCUGGUCCUGAAGAAGGAACAAGAAACAAGAGAGAAAAUCGCUGCGAGAACUUUCGCUCAGCAAUUUCUUGCUGACCUGCUUCCCUUGGUCUAUUCAAAACUGAGAGAUGAUGGAUAUUUCUAUGACCCGGUGCAGAGAGAUAUAGAAACUGGAUACAUUCCUUGGCUGAAGGAAGAAGUCAACAAAACUCUGGAAAAGGAACAAAUUCUACGAACAGUGCUUGACAUGAUCAUCGAAGAUGUGACCAAUCAGAAACAGGCUCCCAGUAACUAAAUGUGAAAAACAAACAAACAAAUAAACCAAAAAUUAAUGAAUAAAAAUAUUUCCAAAUCAA